UUUCUAUUUUCACAAGUCGAUCCCUCCUUGCCGAGUUGCCGUGUGUAGAGAGAAAUGAGAGAGACCUCGACGAGUGGUCUUUCGUGGCGGCAUCUGGUAUUCUUCACUUCGUCUGUUCUGCACUUUGUCCUAGGUCUUUCAGGUGAUACCAAUACCACAAAUAAAGAAGUUAAGACAGAGUCUCACAAUACUUCUAGCAGAAGAGGCGCAAAAGUAAUACUCAUACUAGUCGGAUUUGUGGCUGUAGCAAUGUUCUCCUUCUUUCUAUACAAGCUAUGGCAGAAGAAGAAAAGAGACGAGCAGUAUGCCCGGCUGUUGAAGCUCUUUGAGGAAGAUGAUGAACUCGAGGUUGAAUUAGGCCUUCGAGAUUAAAAUCAAAUUUAGAAAUUUGUUAUCAAAUUGCCCUGGGCCGUGUUUGUUUGUGUUGGCUUGUUUUAUUGUUAUGUAAGAUAUAUAGAAGAAUCAGAGCAUGUCUAUGGUUAAAACGUUACUUUUCCCAGUGAGAUCUUAUGUUUGCUAUUGGCAGGUGUUUAUAUUUUAUAUAUCCAUUUGAUAGUUAA